UAGUCGGUAAGGGGUUUUGUGUGGAGUCCUCUGCUAUUUUCUCAGAGGCCUCUCUCUCUGUAUAUUUCUCACUCAAGGGUCUUUCUCUACGGACCCUUACAACCCUAAUUUUCACCAAAAAAACCCCAUUUUCCAGUGAAAUUUUCACUAGGAAAAACCUCAAAAUGCAGAAUCAUAGGCUCAAGCACCAGCAGCAGCAACAACAGCAACAACAACAAGCUCUGAUGCAACAAGCUGCUUUGAUUCAACAGCAAUCUCUCUAUCAUCCUGGUCUCUUAGCUCCACCUCAGAUUGAACCAAUCCCAAGUGGAAAUCUGCCUCCUGGUUUUGAUCCAAGUACUUGCCGCAGUGUGUAUGUGGGUAACGUCCAUACACAGGUAACCGAGCCACUUCUGCAAGAAGUUUUUGCAGCCAAUGGCCCAGUUGAAGGGUGUAAACUUUUUAGAAAGGAGAAGUCAUCCUAUGGGUUUAUUCAUUACUUCGACCGCAGAUCUGCUGCUCUAGCCAUAUUAUCUCUCAAUGGAAGGCAUCUAUUUGGACAGCCUAUCAAAGUUAACUGGGCAUAUGCUAGUGGUCAGAGAGAGGAUACAUCAGGCCAUUACAACAUAUUUGUUGGUGACCUCAGUCCUGAGGUUACUGAUGCUACUCUUUUUGCAUGCUUUUCUGUCUACCAAAGUUGUUCAGAUGCAAGGGUUAUGUGGGAUCAGAAGACUGGUCGUUCAAGGGGAUUUGGAUUUGUUUCAUUCCGUAGUCAGCAGGAUGCUCAAAGUGCUAUAAAUGAUUUGACUGGAAAGUGGCUUGGAAGCAGACAAAUACGCUGCAAUUGGGCAACAAAAGGUGCUGCUGGAGGCAUGGAAGAGAAGCAAACCCCAGACAACAAAAGUGUGGUGGAACUAACAAAUGGUUCAUCUGAGGACGGUAAAGAGACAUCUAACAAUGAUGCUCCUGAGAACAAUCCUCAAUAUACAACUGUUUAUGUGGGUAACCUUGGUUCGGAGGCAACACAGCUUGAUCUCCAUCGUCAUUUCUAUGCUCUUGGGGCUGGUGUGAUAGAGGAGGUUCGUGUCCAGCGUGAUAAAGGAUUUGGGUUCGUGAGAUAUAGUACUCACGCUGAAGCAGCUCUGGCUAUUCAGAUGGGAAAUACCCAGUCUUAUCUCUGUGGCAAACAAAUUAAGUGCUCCUGGGGGAGCAAGCCCACUCCACCUGGAACUGCUUCAAAUCCUCUUCCCCCACCUGCUGCUCUACCUCUGCCAGGUCUAUCCGCAACCGAUAUUUUGGCAUACGAGCGGCAGCUAGCAAUGAGCAAAAUGGGUGGUGUUCAUGCUGCUUUGAUGCAUCCACAAGCACAACAUCCUCUUAAGCAGGCUGCAAUGGGAGCAAGCCAGGCGAUAUAUGAUGGCGGGUUCCAAAAUGUUGCUGCUGCACAGCAAAUGAUGUACUAUCAGUAAAAUAUAAUUAUCUUGAUGUGCUAUCUAUCUUCAUGCAUAUCUAUAUAUUCUGCACAUUGGUUGGUGUUAAAACUCUAGGGAGCUAUUUUCUUUUUCCUUUUUAAUUAAAUGGUUGCGAGGUAGUUACUCCAACCAAAUUAGAUCAAACAUUUGUAUGUGUUUGUUUGUAACAUCAUGUAUGCGGUUUUCUAGUAGUUGUAGUGAUGAUGAGUGUUUGUUGUGAUAAUUUUAUGAGAUGUUUUCUUAUCACCCGUUUGGGUGUUGGCGUUAUUAUGUAAUGAUUAUUAUUGUCAUUACUAUCCUAUAUUAUGCCUGUUAUAUAUUUAUUAAUAUUUGAAUUCA